UGUAUUUCGUAGCUCCCAAUAAUUUUUCUGAUAAUUUAAUAGCACUGGAACGUGAGCUCAAACGUGUGCAAAGACUCGUAUAUUAUGUUAAACGAAAUUUUCAAAAGGAUUCAACAGCGAUUCAAAUUCAAAAGAUAAUUCAUAAUUUUUAAAUUAUAUAUGAAUACAAGGGAUGUGCACUUACGGAGGACUGAUAUAUAAAAAAAAUUAUUUAUUGUAAUAGAGAACACUUCGUGAUUUAAGACUCGUUGCGAUAAAUUGAGCCAAAAGUAAAAUUUGGACGAAAGAAAAUAAUAAUUUCGGAAUAUCAUGCAAACAACGUGGAAUAUUUGUGUAAUUAACAAAUUUAUUCUUUACCACUAGAUUGAGUACCGAUUGAUACUCGCUAACCAUAAACACAAAUUUUUAUAACGCAGAAGCUGCGAUGUACGCGAGGCUAGCUCUCGUUACCUCGCCUCGGGCCAGUAUACAGGUAAUUUGGCUGAUGAGCCAUCCACCGCUACACACGGGAGCAACAAAGACGAGAGAGUAUAUCGAGUCCGGCAAAUUUUUGGUAUAAAUAGGCAAGGAACCGAGCAAAAAGGCACAGUCAGUCUUCGACUUCUUAGCCUCUUGGAUCAUCUCCUCUGGUUUCGACCUCAAACCCACCAAUCCAAAAUGAAAUCGUUCGUCGUACUCGCCGCUUUGGUCGCCGUCGCUUCGGCCGGUCUGUUGCCCCAACAACGCCAAUUCCAACCCAUCAUCGUCUCGGACUUUUCCGGCAAUCGUCAGCAGCCCCAGCAGCAGACCUACCACCAGGUCAACCAACACAACAACAAUGUUGUCCUCGUCCGUGAGACACCCAACAACAACAUCGGUCUCGAGGGCUACAACUUCGCCUACGAACUCAGCGACGGCCAGAGCCGCCAAGAAGACUCUCGCAUCCAAGUUUACGGACCAGAACAGGCUGCCAACCGCGUCAGCGGAUCCUACAGCUACGUCGGUGACGACGGUGUCACCUACACCAUCAGCUACGUCGCCGACGAGAACGGAUACCGCGCAACCGGUGCCCAUCUCCCAGUCGCUCCAGUAGCUUAA